AUGAUGGCCGAUGUCCCUCAGAGGAAACCAAUGCCACCUGGUUUCGAAACUUCUCCUGGUGCAUCAUACAACAAUCAUAGUCGAACUCGUACUACUUCCUCCACCACCUUCCCUUCCAUCAAUUACCCUCCUCAACACCCACAAAGUCUUUACCCCGGAAAUAUGCAGAUAAGCGGAUUUUCUUCAAGGAGAACUCCCUCGACGGGUACCUUUUCAACGACUGCCAGUAGUGGUGGUAAUGGACCUGUGCCAAAUCGAAAUUCUCAAGACCUGAGGCGAUCCACUUCUUCACGGUCGGGAAAUUUGCAACCACAAGGCUAUGUGGCUCUAAUGCGAAAACAAAAGGCGACGGUUUGGUGUGAUAGAUCGCAACGUGAGGAUCCACGAUUAAUAGCUCAACAGAAGGCUGCAAAGGAGAGAGCGGCGGCGGCAGUUCUUGGAGGACCUUUACAAGGGAGAAUAUCUACAGGUGGAACAAAUAGUCUUGUUGGGAGUAAUAGGGUUACGGCAAAAAUAAGACAUCAUGGGAAGGCCGGAUUGGUAGGAUAUAGCCCUGGAGAUCUCGUUGGAGGUGUAGUUGGUGUGCCAAUGAGAUUGAGUGCGAGUGAGGUGGAAGGCGGGGAUAGUGAUGAUGAUGGGGAUAGUGGAAGAAUUCUAUACCAUCGAAGAACUGGUAGUGGACGCAGUAGUGUUGGAAGUGGUAGAAGAGGUCUCACAUACUCACGACAGUCCGGUGCAAGUUCAACUGCUGGCAGAUGGAGUUCAGGUAAUACACCACCAAGUGAAAGAGAGAGACGGGAAUCGAUUGCGGAUGUGGCCGAGACUGGGGAAACUCCUGUAGCAAUUGGUCAUCCGAAAGCUAGGGAUUACUUUGAGGGAGGCGAUGGGACGAGAAGUGCAGGGGGAAGCAUUAGCAGUGGAGAACGAGCGGAUGGUAUUGCGGAUCUAAACUCGGGUGAUGCCGCCAGGUUAGCAAGUAACAGCUUGCUUAAGUCAUCCAUGACACGAGAAAAGAGCGUCAGGAACCCUGAUGAAUUAAGAAGAAGGGGAAGUGUUGACGAGCGAACAACAACCAUGACUCUUGGUGCUGGUCGACUGUUUAUCGCCAACCCAGAUCAUUCGGAUAGUGAUUAA